CCUACAACCAUGGCCGCCGAGGAGCCUUCCUAUUUCCGUAGUGUUCCUCUUCAGCAAGAGAUUCACCAAAGGGAGCUUCGCUUCAAGCUGUACAUGCGCCAGAUCGCUGAAACCCACGGAGACCAGCAAAAGAACCAGCAAGUUAUAGUGGACAUGAAGCAAGCCAACAAGUUUGGCACCCUGGCUGUUCAAGACUGGACCAUACGGGAUGGCCCUGGAGACGACGCAAAGGAUGUUGCGUGUGCCCAGGGCCUGCAUCUCGGGGCCAGUAGUACCAAGGAAACCCCAAGCUGGUUUACCUCUUUCAGUAUAGUGUUUACCGGCGACGGCGAGAGUGAUAAAUUUCCCCUUAAGUUCAAGGGAUCCAGCCUUCAGGUGAUGGGAACCUGGACCGGAGAAGGCAGUACCAAAUUGGCGAUCACCGGUGGGACCGGAGAGUUUGCCAAUGCACAAGGUUUUGCCACUCACACAAUAGUAGACGGAGAUGAUAAGCCUCGUGAUGGCAGCAUCAGGAAGCUUGUGAUCGAUGCUAUGUGUCUCACCUUUCCGACCCCGAAACAAGUCAGAUAUAUCUCCUAUCACUUCUCUUACUAUCGCGUGUUUAAUUAUGAGAAAUUUUAG